AUGGCCGAAUCAGUGCUCCAGCAUGCCGCGACCUUGAAAGAGGCACAGAUCAUGAGCCAAGAACUGGACGAGAGUGUGGUAUUCCAGUUUUGUGUCGUUGACUCUGGGCAUGAUCUCUGUUCGUCUUACGACAUGAUCCUCAAUGGCGGAGAGUCCGAUGACUUCGCGCUCGAGCAAGCAAUCAAGCCUUGUAUCGGCGUUCGCGUGGUGGAUUACAAGCACAGUUUGGUUCAUCUCUGGAGCUUGCACAAGUUGCACGAUCGCGUCCGGCAAAUGCGACAGAUGCACCAAUACCUGGAUCAACCGGAAUACGCUCAGCAUCUAAGUCUCGACAACCCUUUCAUUGAGACUUGCAUGCCUCAGUACACGCUCGUUGGUGAGGCAGACGUUCCACUGAAGGCUGUCUUCGAGAGCCGGGUCCAAGACUUCCAUCUCGAUGUCCUCUCGCCGCACACGUCUCAUGCUAUCGGAAUCAUCAAGUUGUCGCUUGAACCAUCGUCGGCGCGGGCACCUACAAACUCGCUAAAGUUCAACGUCGUAAUGCACGAGAUGGUGGGUUUUGCUGAGCGCGAGGGCACUGAAGUGCAUGCCCAGCUUUUUAUUCCUGGCAUUUCCGAAGAAGACGGCAUUACAACCACGCAGAUGGUCAAGGAUUUCGACGAAGAUCCCAUCCGAUUUGAGAGCGUUCAUAGUAUGAACGUUCCUCUAUUUGCUCCUCCUGAGGUGGUAUUGCGCGUUGCCAUCUUUGCGAAGGUGUCCUCUAUGCACCUCGACAAGCUCCUUAGCUGGGAUGACAUGCGAGAUGCUGUGCCCAGCUCGCGAGGCAAGCCCAAGUCGGCCAGGAUCAACGAGUCUCACUUCUAUACCGAAGAGAAGCACGACCUGCUUUCUCGCAUCCAGGUGCUGGAAAUGGAUGAGAACGGCGAAUAUGUCCCGGUCGAGGUUGCCCAAACCGGCGAGCUGGACAGUGGAACCUUCCAAUUGCACCAGGGGCUGCAAAGACGCAUAACUAUCAACCUGAAUCACAGCUCUGGCGAUAUCCUGCCCUGGGAUGACGUGGUUUCCGUUCGUGUCGGCAAAAUCCAGCUGGUGGAUGCUGCUGGGAAGAAUCCAGAUUUGGGCGUCGCCUCACCCGAUGUUGCUCUCAAAUUAGCAUCAAAACCCGUCUUCCGACAAAACGCCAAUGGCACGCGCAGCGUCACCAUCACUGGCCAGUGGGACUCCAGCUUGCACAAUUCACUUCUGCUGGAUCGCACUACAGGAGAGAAAUAUCGAGUGCAGAUGACCAUCAGCUGGGACAUCAGCUCUCCAAAACUUGCUGAGCCGAUGCGUUUCUCGAAGAACGUCUUCUGUCAAAUCCUGUCGCGCUCUUUCGUGCGGCAAACAUCUAUGCUCUCAGCCCUCUGGCAGAGUGUCCGCUUCGUACACUCCAGCACCGCCAUCUUCACGUUGAAAAUGCGGCCGGCGCCCAUCAAACGAGUGGGAGACCUCUGGAGGAUGAACAGCCAGCAUGACUAUGUAAAGGGCGAGGAGAAUUUGACAACCUGGACACCACGAGGCGUUUCUCUGAUCAGCGACUACAUCAGCGCGCGAAAGAAGCGCAGGCGCAUCGCUGAAAUUGGCGCAAUGCAGAACUUCCUGAAAAAGGUAGGGCUACCGGAGCCGAGAAUAGCGCCAGAUGGAGACAGCCGGGGACUGGACCCUAACUUCCUAAUGCCAAAUCUGAGGGAAGAUGACGUUGACUCGAUCGACGAGUUGCUACAAGACACCCCGGACGUGUCGCAGGUUUUGGAUCCCGUGGAGCCUCCAGAGCCAAGUGGCGAAGCAUCGGGUGAGGUGUCAGGUGAAUCGUCGGGUGAGGCGUCGGUUGAGCCGUCGAAUGAGCCAUCGGGUGAAUCGCCGGGUGAAUCGCCGGGUGAAUCGCCGAGUGAGUCAGUGGGUGAACGAGAGGGUGGGAAAGAGGAAGAGCAGCAAACCGGAGACGAGCAACCAAAACAGUAUGAUGAGACGACGGAGGAAGUCUCGAAACCGGCUCUUCUCAAGUCGGAAUACUCUGAGCGUGAGACAUUCAUUUUGGAGCGAUGUUUUAAGCUGUGGAGGAGCUACCCCGAUCCUCUCAACCAGAUCCUGAGCGAAGUAAACACCAAGCCACCUGUGAACGGCAACCCUGUGUCUCCUGCAGAACCGGAGCUCGUGGCCAGCGUCAUCCGUGUGUCCAAGAACCCGACGGUGCUCAAGGGCGGCUACCUCCUGGUGCCGAGCAGUGACGCCACCCGAUGGAUCAAGCGGCUCGUGGAGUUGCGCCGACCAUAUCUCCAUAUUCACAACGUCACAGAUGGGGAAGAGGUUGCCAUCGUCAGCUUGCGCAACUCCCGAGUCGACAGCCAGCCGACCAUGGAUCUGCUGAAUGGGGCUGACGAUGAGGACGGCGGCAUGGAUAUGAACGCCGCCCUGACCGCAUCGCCUGAACAAAUUCGUUCGCAACAGAAUGCCGGCAGGUCAACGCACCACCGCAGAGGCUCUUCAGGUCGGGUCAUCACGAGCAUCGUUGGUAAUAUCAACGGCGACGGGACCGCCUCGUCACAUGCCAGGAGCAAGAGCGUCAGCUCCGGACUCGCCAAGCUGUCCACCAGGCUGCAAGCCGGAGUCUUUGCCAUCUACGGGACGGACAAUACUUGGCUCUUUGCGGCGCGGAGCGAGCGCGACAAGCUCGACUGGAUCUUCAAGAUUGAUCAGAGCUAUUUCUCGUCAAGUAGUGGCAGUCCUGAAGGGAACGGCGCUGAGAGCCCGAGCAUGAGCUACUGA